AAGGGUUGAGCCUAUUCAACCUUUUCAACCUAGUUACCAGCUCCUUGACAGCGCGGUUCCACUCACAAGCCCCACGUCGUGUAUGAUGUAGCAGUAAAAAGCCUUAUACACCCUAUUCAAGUGGUGAGUUAUCUUUCUGCGCCGGCUAGCGAAGAUUUUCUCCGCAGCCAGGCAUACUCGAAGGACCUUUAGCCAGAUCCACAGAAAAUUCCGAAAGGAGGCAAGCCAACCCCUCCGUCCAGAGAAAGUUGCAAACUACGGGAUUUGACCCGCGGACCUUCGGGCCAACCACAAGUGGAAGGCACGUGGCAGUUGUAUCGAACUGCACUUUAGCCAGCUGAGCUAGCCGAGCGCAGAAAGAUGUGUGCAACAUGAAAACAAAGAGAGGGCGCAUGUACUGAUGCAGCAAAGGCUUUGUGCAUGAGCCGCGGAGGAGGCGCUGCAACCAGAUGCCCCACCACAUUUGCCAGACACGCACACCACCACUUGCGGACCACGGGAGAUCAGAGCCUGCAUUUGAGCACCCCGAAAGCUCUUUGAAAUACUUCUUCCUCUUCUAGAUCAAGCUCGUUUGACGGGAACGACGAGCGAUGCGACUGAGGACGAACAUUAGAGUAGAAUGCAUCGCCGCAUGCUGGGGCAGCUGACAAGCUUGCAGGCGAUAGCUUAUGGUGGUUUGCACAAGUGCCCGGCCUGCGGGAGUCUAGGACCACCAAUCCUGCAAGCAAUCGCCCAGCCUUCUUUUGCCUCUCUAAGCUUGAGCGGGUCACAAUCCAGUGCACCAGAUGUGCUGCACCAUAAUCUAGCAGAGGGACCCGCAGCUGAGGAUCAGAUGCAAUACUCAAAGCAGAGACAGUGGGGUGAGCUGGGACUUCCAACUAGGGCUGCUGAUACGGGCGCUCUCAGAAACCCAGCUUUCUUUUCCCCCGGUAGUUCUUCUCACCACCACAUGAAGCUUUCAGGCUUUUCCACCCAGCCCCCAUUCACACCACCCCUCCAUCGGAGCGCAGAAGUCACAAACCCACUUUCCGGCAGAUCUAGAAGCACCACCGUUAGUUUGGGGGGUGAAUACGCACAACAUGACGCCGACGCCUUUGGACAGGCACGGCUCUUUCGUACGUCCGAAACGAGCGGUGUGGGAAAUUGGCUGAGCAGCUUCUGGGGCGUGUCUGCGAUGGCGCCACCCGCGCCAGCUGUCAAUCCGGCAACAGAUGCUGGGUUUGCGGAAGCGAAGGAAAGACGACAAGAGCCGCGACGAGAGCGAGAGCUCAGAGAAGCGCAGCGGCUGAAGGUAGAGUCUAGGGAUCGUGGGAUGGCGCAGCGAGUGGGUUUUGACACUGCGUAUGAUGGCCACGCAGGGUGGACCGGUGGAGGACCGUAUGGGUCUGAGGGGCCAAUUCCGGUUUCGGGAGCUCGACAGGUGGCGGAAGCAGAGAUCCCCCCGAAGUGGAUCGAACAUUACAAGAAGGCACUGGAAAACAACCCCAGUUUACUUAACCUUAACCAGCGUGACGGCGGGGGGGGUCCCGUGUACGCACGAGGGGCUCGGUUACCAAAUUCCAAGGAACGUGCCAACAAAUUGGAAAAUACAGAUAUGGCGACAUCGAAAGGCGCUAUGUUGGACUACUUCCGGCGCCUCAUGCGGGUUCAGCGCGAGCGAAGGGGCGGCCUGAAAGCAGCGGCCGAUAGGGGGUUAGAGCCAGGUUUAAACGAGCGGGUUAACGGGUCUCUAAACCGGAGUUCUGACGUGGGGUCCAAUGUGCCUGGCGGCCCGCCGCCUUUACAAGAGGCGGGCAAAUAUUCGUUCGAGGAGAAUGUGCGUUUGGCUAAGGGGGAAGCGUGUUCGUCCGAAAGGGGGGUGCCCCGAGGGGGGAAACGAAGGGGGGGGGAAGGAAGCGGGCGGUCUGAUAGGGGGCGGUAUGUUGUGGGUUCCGAGGAGCACGGGUUGCGAAACGAGCAGAUUCCGGAGGCGGCCUGGUUUGUGCUCCGGAGACUUUGGGAGAAAGGUCACGAAGGGUACCUCGCGGGAGGGAUGGUUCGGGACUUGUUGUUGGGCCGUACUCCAAAGGACAUAGACAUCGUCUCGAGUGCGUUACCCAAUCAGAUCAAGCGAGCGGUUCCGGGGACUAUGGUUUUUGGCAGACGGUUCCGCAUCGCCCAAGUGACGUAUGGUGACACAACUGUCGAGGUCUCUAGUUUCGCGACCAUUUCACGGCCGGCCGCCUUCAAGGGCGACACGUGUCAAGAGGGGGAUCCCCCGGGGGCGAUCGCCAAGGCCAGCAGAGCGAGGAUUCUCAAGCGCCUGAAGGCGAGAGUGGCUCCGGGAAAGCAACACCUGUUGGAGUCGGCUCUGAAACGGGACAUUACAAUCAACAGCCUUUUGUACGAGCCCUUCGAACGCGUAGUUUACGACUUCUGUGGGGGAAUGGAAGACAUCAAAAACAGGCAGAUACGGACGAUUAUUGAUGCGGAAGAGUCGUUUCAGGAGGACCCAGCGCGUGUGUUACGGGCGAUCCGGAUCGCGGCGCGCACGGGCUUCCACCUGACCGGGGAACUAGAGCGGGCCGUCGCCAGUGUGGGCCGGGCGGCCGUGCUCUCGCUUGGCAAGUCUCGUUUGCUCCUAGAGCUUAACGUCAUGCUCAGCUACGGCUCCGCGGAACGCUCGCUGGCGCUGCUCUGGCGAACCGGCCUCCUCGAGAUUCUGCUUCCGCUACAAGCGGAAUACCUGGCGGAAAAGAACGUGCCUAGAACCGAAGCGCCGGAACGAGGGGAGCUUCUGCUGGAGCUUCUCCGCCAACUCGACAACAUAACGAAUCCCGGCGCCCCUUGUCACGGCGCUUUGUGGGUCGCUCUGCUAGCGCUCCCCCUCGCGGCGCACCAGCUAAACACGCCUCCCGUCAUUCUGCUGACGUUGGCCAAGGCCCUGUCAAUCCCUCACCCGGAGCAAGGGAUCCCCUUGGCCUAUCACGAAGCGCGGAAAAUCUUGCGGGACAGAAACGGGCUUGCAGACCGGAGUUCCGUGCGCCUGACGGAGGCGGAACGGAAACUAGCGGAAAGAAACGGAGCGGGGUGGAGAAACGGAAUGGAUCGGGACGGAGCUGAACGGGACGGGGCGGAGUCUAGUCGCAGGGGACGGAGCGGAACUGAGUCGGACGGAACAAAACCGGACGGGGAGAGCUUGUCGCUGGAAGAAGCUACGGCCCUGACGGAGCAGCUGGCCGAGCGCGCUGACGUCAUCGUGUGCCAGAUGGCGCUCGCCAACGAAGACACGAUCCAACGGCUGACGGGCCUCGCGACGAACAAGGACCUCGGCGGGGUGAUGCGAUUGGACGCGGCGCGCGCGUCGGCGCUGUUCGCUCUAGUUGCGCGACGGUCCUCGCCGGAAGUCGUUCGGUAUUUUGACAUGUUGCGGCGGAGCCAAGUGAAGAAUGGGCGGUCGGAAAUGGACGAGUCUAGAUACAAUGGUCCAGAGCGGGCGCGAAACUUAGACUUAAAAGAGGGACGGUUAUCGGACCUAGCGGAUGCGAUUGGGGUAAUUGUGAAAGAUGCACUAGCGCCAGUGCCGGACUCUGAACCAGAGUUGCAAAAAUUGCGGGAAUGGCGGAAGACCCGAAACGAGGGACGGUAAUGAUUGGUAGGUUUCGAGUCAGGUAGCAGCCUAAUGUUGAGCUGCGAAAAACGUUUGCACGCGGGCACUUCAAAAAAGCUUGUUUAAGAAACGCAUAAAGGCAGGCGCAGCUGCUGCGUAGACACCGCUUGGCGCAAGACGUGAUAGGUUGGCCGGCCGGCCGGGCCGCUGUCAAUCGAACGUUGGUUUGCAUGCAAGCCUGG